AUGGAAGAGCCCAGCGGCAUCCUGAUUAAAGGGGGCAAAGUUGUGAACGAGGACUGCUCCGUGAUCAGCGACGUCUACAUCGAAAAUGGGAAAAUAGUUGCGGUUGGACUGAAUCUUCAGAUUCCAAAAAGAGUGCGAGUCAUUGAUGCCACCGAUAAACUGGUGAUCCCCGGCGGCAUCGACACGCACACGCACAUGGAACUGGCGUUCAUGGGAACCAGAGCUGUGGACGACUUCCAUAUUGGAACCAAAGCUGCUCUGGCAGGAGGGACCACAAUGAUCCUGGACUUUGUCAUCCCCCAGAAGGGCAAGUCUCUUCUCGAGGCUCAUGACCGCUGGCGUGAGAUGGCUGAUCCCAAAGUUUGCUGCGACUACUCGUUGCACGUUGCGGUCACAUGGUGGAGUGACAAGGUCAAGAAAGAGAUGGAGACUCUGGCCAGAGAGAAAGGAGUAAAUUCCUUCAAGAUGUUUAUGGCCUAUAAAGAUGUGUUUAUGCUGCAGGAUUCUGAGCUAUAUGCUGCUUUUGCUCAGUGUAAGGAGGUCGGAGCCAUAGCUCAGGUUCAUGCUGAGAAUGGAGAUUUGAUUGCAGAGGGGGCUAAGAAGAUGCUGUCCAUGGGCAUCACAGGACCAGAGGGCCAUGAACUGUGUCGGCCAGAAGAGGUGGAGGCCGAAGCCACCCAGCGAGCUAUCACCAUCGCCCAUGCUGUCAACUGCCCGCUCUAUGUGGUUCAUGUCAUGAGUAAAUCUGCCGCCAAGGUUGUGUCUAACGCACGCAGAGAUGGGCGUGUAGUGUUUGGGGAGCCAGUUGCAGCUGGUUUGGGCACUGAUGGUACCCACUAUUGGCACAAAGACUGGGCCCGUGCUGCUGGUUUUGUCAUGGGUCCUCCGCUUAGACCUGACCCCACCACACCUGGGUACCUUAUGGACCUACUAGCUAAUGAUGAUUUAAGCGUGACAGGGACGGACAACUGCACCUUCUCUGUGUGCCAGAAAGCCCUGGGCAAGGACGACUUCACCAAGAUCCCUAACGGUGUGAACGGUGUCGAGGACAGAAUGUCUGUCAUCUGGGAAAAAGGAGUGCAUAGUGGCAAAAUGGACGAGAAUCGAUUUGUGGCUGUCACCAGCAGCAACGCAGCAAAAAUCUUCAACUUCUACCCGCAGAAAGGCCGAAUCGCCAAGAACUCGGAUGCUGAUGUGGUUAUAUGGGACCCAAGGAUGACCAGGAAAAUAUCAGCCAAGACUCAUCACCAGGCUGUGGACUACAACAUCUUUGAGGGUAUGGAGUGUCAUGGGGUACCUGUCAUUACCAUCUCCAGAGGCAAAGUGGUGUAUGAGGAUGGGCAGCUGAAGGUGUCACCAGGACAUGGCCAGUUCAUCCACAGAAAACCAUUUUCUGAGUUUGUUUACAAAAGAAUCAAGCAGCGGGAGCAGGUGAGGAAACCUACAGCUGUGACCAGAAAGCCAUAUGAAGGCAAAGUCAUUUCUGUCUGA